AUGGGACGACCGCACACUCAGUUGCUUCUGCUGCAACCAAAGCGACGGUUUACAACUGGAAAUGUGCUUACACAGCAAUCGGUGCUCAGCGUCUAUCCCGCAAAAACGAAAUUACUACGUCGUGGCCCAUCACCAUCUGAACUGCUUCGAUUUGUCUUGAGGGACUCGACUACGCCAAUUCAUGACUCGAACACAAACGAGAUCUUAUCUGGGUAUCUCCGUGAACUCUUUGUCCCCCAAUGGAAGCUUAACUCUCCACCUCCCCCGUUGUGGACCUCCCUCAAAGGGCUUACCUCGCACAAUCAAAAGCUGUCGGUGGAUGUCAAUAGUGAGAUUGUCGAUAUCUCAUCCUUGCGGAGUUUUAUUGAGAGAUAUGUCAACGACAGAUAUGGAGCGGAGCUUUUGCAGGACCGUAAUUGCUUGCCACUAAAUCUCACUUUGAAAAGCUGUCAACAGAGUAAUACAUUGGCAGAAAUUCUGUCGGUGCUAAGUGACUUGCUUGCAAGACUGAAGCGUCUCCAGCUUCCUAUCCAACCUGAGAUGUACUCUAUAGCGUUGUAUUUUGCAUCUUCUGAUAUUUCGGCUUCAUAUAUGAAGCACUUCUUGGAUGGCCGCCACCACAUGGGCUUUCCAGCCCUAGAUCUCGUGGAUAGUUUGCGAAUAGUCCAGAAUUGCUCCAAGGCACUUGACUGUGAAGCUUUUGAGGAUCCAUACCAUGACCUAAAUCCCAUCCUUUCAGCGAUUACAGGAGAAGGAGAACGCGUGCCCCACAAACACAAUUUGCAUGAUAUCUUGUUCUGGACGCAACCAGCUGGUCAAAUUGGUGACCGAUUUGAUUUCGAAGCCGAGGCCUACAUGUGUCUGCUCGCUAGGCUUGGGAGUGAUAAGGUGCUUCACAGGUGCUGGUCCCAUUUUUUAAAGAACAUUCAGCCUAGAAAUCAGCAAAGCUGUAUUGCUGCCUAUCAGGUAGUGCUGGCUCUAGUUCAAAAUGCCCAGUCCCAGACAGCAGUGAGGUGGUUGGAAGAUAUUUCUCAACAUUGUGGUGACAACUUGCCAUUCAUUGCGAGGUUUCCGAAUCUUCGAUUACUCCUUAAUGACCCUAUUGUGGGCGAGGCACUGCCUGACCUAGUAAGAGGCGAGGACUAUGUUAAGCUACUCAAAGUUUGCCUUGAUGAUAUGGAUCGAAGGAUGGGCGUUCAAUGGAGCCCUGAGGGUCAAAGCCAUUUCAGUACGGCGUUGGACCCAUCAGAAUCAAUCUGGGAAGCAUUCGAGGACCAAACUUUGCCCAAGCCCGAUAACAAAUCUGUUGGCUCUGACCAUGGAGGACAGUUGUACGCAGAGCUUUGCGCUCAUGGCUGCUCCAAGUCUCCGGCUGCACUGAGCAGAAUCACGGAUCUGUUGAAUGACCACGAUGGACAGCCCCAGGUUGUCACUUGGCUCGAUGAUAAACCGGAGCGAAUUGUUGAACUUCGCUCUAAGUUCGAAUUGCUCGAGUUCCGAUGGGUACCAUCACACUCACCGAUAGAAUUUUCUAACUCCCAAAUUCCGGCGCUGCGUGAUUUCUCUAACCCUAUGACCCCGUCUACCCUAGGCCUUAUUCGGGCUCGUUUGAUCGUUCAUGGAGUUCCUCAAAUGGGGACUAACAACUUACACUUGAUGCAAGUCGGCUGCAUGGAUAUGCGAUAUGGUCCGGAUCAACCAUGGCAGCCAUCAGGAUAUAUUGUGGUCUGGGACCGCCAUUUUGGGCGACUCCUCGGGCUUUAUGUUGGGCAGAACAAUGGGGUUAUUGACUGUGGACCAGCACCUUCCGAUGGCCCUCUCGGUGCCUUGAUGCAUCUCACAGUUUUACCCAAUCCUGAGGAGCAAACAUUUUAUCCCAGUGGCAUAUGCCCUGAUUCUCAAAACUGCUGUGGACCUUACUAUCUGGAUGUCGAUCCAAGUGAUGACCUUGAGUAUUGA